AUGAAGUGCUGUCUGCUUAGCUUGGCCGGCUUGCUGCUGCUUAGUGCUGGCCAUGUGCUGAGCUAUUCCUAUCUAAUGGUGCUCACGACGUCUGCCAAGUCGCAUUUUUAUGUGGGUGAAGCCUUGGCCAAGGGACUGGUAGCUGCUGGACAUGAGGUGACGCUAAUUUCAGCAUUUCCACAGCAGCAACCUAUGAAGGGCUUAAUAGAUAUACCUACGCCGAGUAUUAUUAGCGCUAUGGCUGUUGACAAGGCAAAAAUUCUACAAAGAAUGAAUGUGCCUAUGAUAAAACGUAUGCCACUUUUUCAUGCACUGGGCCUGAAGCUCACACGCACUUUGCUGGCAGAGCCUGCAGUGCAGCAGCUGCUGCAAGAGAAGCGCAGCUAUGAUGCGGUUAUCUGUGAGAUUUUCUUAAACGAAGCGCAGCUGGGAUUUGCUGAGCACUUUAAGGCGCCGCUGAUUGCCCUAAGCAGCUUUGGUGCCAGCAGCUGGACAACUGAGCUGGUGGGCACACCCUCCCCGCUCUCCAUAUGA